UACAACAACGAGUGACAGCUGUUGAUAUUUGUUAACCAUGCACAUGCUAUCUUGUCACGGUAUUAUCAUAUCAGUGUCACACCAUUGUGCUGUUACUCGGCUUUGUGGGGGGGCUGAGAAGGUAGACAAGUGCACGACUCUCACCAAAACAAAAGUGGGCCAUUUCGUCAGGCCUGCACGUCAGUUUUUGUAACCGAGUUGUUUUAAGUAUGCCGUCACAAAGCGUCUCUAGGUGUAUUCUGCAUGCUGGCUAGCUAACCUAACAGGCAGUGCAUGCUUAGUCUUAAAUGCACAACGAAACAAUGUUAACUUUUAGAGUUGACCACUUUCAGUUUCAGUUUGUGCAAAUGUAUAUAAAUCACCUUUUGUGUGUGUGUGACAGACUCACCAGAGACUCCAUGAUGGCGGAAACCGAUGGCAAAGCCAGAUCGCUCAACGGGGCUUCUGGAGAGGAGGAAGACCAACAGGAAGAGGGCGCUUGCAAAAGCAAAAAAGACACAGGAGAAGCAUCGGGAGACAAGAAGAAAGUGCCGGGGAAAAGUGAGCUGAAGGCAAACCAAGACACCGAGGUGGAGGACGAUGAAGAAGACACAGACAGCAUGGACGGCAGCGGUCUCUACUCGCUGACUGAGGACGGCCAGCGAGAGAGCGAAGGAGACGGACGAGACGGGUCGAAGGACAAGGAAGGCGGGAGACGGGCCGCCCGGAAGAGGAACAGACCUUGUAGCGGAAGCAACAACAACAACAACAACUCCUCCAGCUCGGAUGAGGACGAAGAAGAUGAGCAUAAAGACGAAGAAGAAGACGACGAGGAGGAGGAGGAUGACAACGAGGCGAUAGAGGCGUGGCUGGGCGCCGAGCUGCGAGACCUACGCGGGCCCGUGUGGCGCGCCAUCCCGUCGCUGCGCUCCAGGGAGAUCGGCCGGGAGGCGCAGCAGUUCGUGAGGCGGGUGUGCGGUGCCCGCGGCUUGGUGCAGAGGCUGGAGCUGCAGGGCCGGCUGGAGAGGCACUCGGGGUGCGUCAACACGCUGCACUUCAACCUGUCGGGCACGCGCCUCGCGUCCGGCAGCGAUGACCUCAGGGUGGUCAUCUGGGACUGGGCCAUCAGGCGCGCCGAGCUGGAGUUCGACAGCGGACACAAGAGCAACGUCUUUCAGGCUAAGUUCCUGCCCCACAGCGGUGACUCCACUUUGGCCAUGUGCGCCCGAGACGGUCAGAUCCGGGUGGCCGAACUCUCCGCCACGCAGCGCUGCAAGAACACCAAGAGAGUGGCGCAGCACAAAGGCGCCGCGCACAAGCUGGCCCUUGAGCCUGACUCUCCCUGCUCCUUCCUAUCAGCGGGAGAAGACGCUGUGGUGUUUGGAAUCGACCUAAGGCUCGACCGGCCCGCCAAUAAGCUGGUGGUGGUGAAGGAGGGUGACAAAAAGGUGGGCCUCUACACCAUCUUUGUCAACCCAGCCAAGACGCACCAAUUUGCUGUCGGCGGGAGGGACCAGUAUGUUAGGAUUUACGACCAGAGGAAGAUCAACGAGAACGACAAUAACGGCGUGCUGAAAAAGUUCUGCCCUUCCCAUCUGGUGUCCAGCGAGUCCAAAACCAACAUCACCUGUCUGGUGUACAGUCACGACGGCUCAGAGCUGCUGACCACUUACAACGAUGAGGACAUCUACCUGUUUGACUCCAACCACAGCGACGGCGCAGACUACUGCAGGAGAUUUAAGGGACACCGCAACAACGCCACAGUGAAGGGCGUCAACUUCUACGGGCCGAGCAGCGAGUUUGUGGUCAGCGGGAGCGACUGCGGACACAUCUACCUGUGGGACAAACACUCGGCUCGCAUCGUCCAGUUCAUGGAGGGGGACAUCGGGGGAGUGGUGAACUGCUUGGAGCCACAUCCCCACCUGCCUGGAAUGGCCACCAGCGGCCUGGAUCACGACAUCAAACUGUGGGCGCCUACCGCCGAGACCCCCACUGGACUGAAGGGCCUCAAAGAGGUGAUGAAGAAGAACAAGCGGGAGCGUGACGAGGACAGCGUGCGGCACGGCGAUCAGUACGACACGCAGCUGCUGUGGUUCCUCAUGAGGCACAUGAGGAACAGGCGGCCCCCCAGGACCCGCCGCGAGGGGGCCGACGCCGACACCGACGAGUCCUGGAGCUCGCCGGACAGUUCGGACGAAGAAGAGGGGGGUCCGGAUCACGUACAGUGCAUGUCGUCCUGAACCACAAUCCACAGUCACUGUCCUGUGGAAAAACAUGUAUCUCCCCAAAAAUGGAAAUAUGGAAUUACAUGCUUUGCAAUGGAGAGUGACUAUGCAUCUACACACAUACUUCAUUGCUCUUGUAUUAACACACACACACAUGCAGAUUUUUGCUGCCCAGGGAAAGAGAAUGAGUCUCCAAAUUUGUCGUCCAAAAAGGCAGCAAACAAGUAUGGCGAUACCUGCUUCUCAGUGGUCAGCAAUCAUACACUGGCUUUUUUUCUUUUCUUCUGGCACGCACACAUUUCAGACACAGCGAGAGGUGCAAGGUGACAACAUCGACUGCAGCGCCAUAGUGAAAUCCCUCUUUUCUUUUAGACCUGAAACGACCUCUUGUACCCUACACCAGCACGUAGACCCGCCCCUUCUUUGUAACGACACACCUUUUUUUGGCCCCGCCCACCCCACUAUUGAACGCACGUUGAAUCAGGGAUCUUGUAGUUUAGCACAAAUGUGCAGUGAUUUUAUUUUUUUGCUUUUUUUGUGGGUUAGGUGCUAAUUUUUGCAUCUUUUUGUUGCACUUGAGCCUUUUUGAUGAGACUCUGAAGGAAGGAGUAUUAUUUUGUUGCUUCCAGUCGCCCUUCCUUCUCAUCCCUCUAUCCUGGACAGGAAACCCAUUCUUAAUCAUAUCGUGGAGCUUUUUUUUUUUUUUUGUCUGUUGGUUUUGUUCCUCUGCAGAAUUAGAACCAGAUCAUGCGGUUUGCUGGCACCCCCAAUCUUUAGUCCAAAAGAGGAAAGGUGGUUGUUUAGGGGGGGGGGGGCGAGGCUUGAAGAAGUGUGCUCGCCCGUUCUUUGUUGUGUGAGAGCGAUGAAGACAAGCUUUUUUUUCUCGUUUUUCGAGAACUCCAGUUAUGUAGUUUGAAUUUAAUUGUACAUAAUAUAAAUAUGAAAACUGUAAAAAAAAAUAAAAAGGAUUAAAAGAUGCUGUUUGAUUCUAAAAAGUAAAAAUAAGAUGUCAAAAUCAGUUUGAUUGGUCGCAGAGGUUUAUAUUCGAUACAAAGACAAAAUACUUUUAAGAAAAAACUUGACGCACCUUUUCUCCUCCUUUGACUGUUUUAUUACAGUAUUAAGCGUUGAUGUGGAAAGCAAACUAAUGUGUUUUGGUCAAUCUUUUUCCCUACAACCACCACACAGUCCAUUACAACAUAACUACUGGUUCAGCUGAAAAUAUGUUCAAAUAUUUGUGCAAUAAAAAAAUACAGUACUCUUGAUCCUG